AUGUCUUCCUCAUCCAACCUUGAUGCCGAAGCGCGACGACGACGUUACAAAAUUGUUAGACAAAAGAAAAAAGCCAACAUGUUUGAGCUGCGAAUUGAACGGUCUCGAGUGCACUUGGGUUAUCUUAUCGCGCCAGGCUUCACAGGAACCGUCCGUUUACAUCAGUUUGACGCCGAAGAGAUGCUUAUCAGUGCUAGUAGGGAUGUCAACGAGGAGUCUUCACACCCCGAUGGGCACGUCGAGACAGAUGAGGGAAGCUCCGAACGAGUUCUUUCACUCGAAGAACUGAGAACUAAAUUCAAGGAAUUCGCGAAUGAAGAGAAUAAGCGCCCCAGUCAAGAGGAUGAUGUGGAGAUGGCUGGCACCCAAGAUGAACGAUUCAAUUACGACACAGUGACUCAAAUAUAUCCAAUGGAGGGGUAUUAUCGUGGCACUCCCGACAUGGAAGACGAAGAUCCGAAGCCCCGAGAAGACGGCGAAGAUCAUGAGCACCCCAGAUUGGCCAGAUUGGUCAGUUUGCACGCUGGCCAUCUUUAUCCACCGUCAGUGUCUGGCCUACCGUCAUGGUAUCACCAGUAUAACCAGGACGAUAUUAUCAAUACCUACUUCAAUGGUUUCAACCCAGCCUACCCACUAUUCACUGAACAAGACUAUGAGUACUUUGACAUGGAGUGCAGAAAGCCCAGAGAGAAGGGCGCUGUGUUAAUUCAGGAGCACGCCAUCUUUGUUAUGCUGGCAUUAUCUCUGAGAAACGACCCCAAGAACCACUACGAAGGAGAUGAAGAGCUAUUCAUCCGUCGGAUAUCCAGAUACGUGGAUAAUGAGCAUACCUUCAGGUUUUUAGAGGAAGUAGGACUCCAGGUCCUUCUGGGGGUAGCCUUGUAUUUCAUGACGACUCCGGAUCUAGUACGAGCUGGAUCUGUGCACGCUAGAGCUGUCAAAUUGAUCUACCGCCUAGGAUUGAAUAAAUGGUCUGGGGACUUUGCUCAAUUGUAUACUGUUCGGCUUGUCUGGAUAGCGUACAUCAUCGACAGAGACCUCUCACUCCUCACAGGCGAGCCAUACCUGAUGCAAGGGUAUGAUAUUGCUUCUUCAGUCACGGAGCUUUCUUACAAAGAAGGGGGUACUCUACACAGCGAAGACAAAUCCAAGCACUUUGAAAUUCUUCGGUUCCGCACUGAACUAGCGACUAUACAAGGCAAGAUAUUCGACCUGGUAUACUCAGUUCGGGCUUCGGAACUCUCUUCCGAUCAGCGAGAGACGGUGGCGGACCGUUUGGACGAGAUGCUGGAAGAAUGGGUUCAGUCAUUUCCUGAAGCAUACAGGGGAGAUACACUCUCCGGUUUUGGUUAUUUACAGCUGAGAUUCUUCAAACAGCUGCGUGUAACGUAUUAUCACUGUAUCUUCUCCAUUCGACAAGCGACUCUACGCAAUGAAAAAUGGGUCGAGCGGUUAUUAAAGUUUGGCGAGGCUCGCAAUGGAGAUGAUACAGAUACCCCAUUGCUACCGUCGAACUGGUCAGGGUUGGUCACAGCUGCACAGAAGUGCUUGGAUAUAGUAAGCAAGGUGGACAGUCGCGACAUGGCAUUCCGAUGGAGCUGUACUCACGCGACACAAGCAGCGAUGGCGAUACUGGCUGCGAACAACAUAACACUCUCAGAGCAUGAUAUUCAUGAUUCGACUGAGCAAGAUCAGCUGAGACUUCAUAUUGCACAUGGUGAAGUUAGCGACCGGUUGGACGACGACCCGACGGGGGCGAUUGAGAAAGCAUUCGACAUCUGCGGUGAGCUUAUCAUUAAGGCACGUGACUCGGUGCGACAUUUUAAUGAGAGCAAAGGCAUGGACGAGUCAUGA